AAGUGCACCAAUCUGGACCCAAAGCUGGUCUGACUGACACCGAAAAGCGCAUCGUUCAAUGUGUAAAGAAAGGCGGACGAAACAUAUGAAAACCUGUCGACUAAUUAGGGUGAGAGCGAAAUUAUUGACAGGGCUCUCACAGGUGUUGAUUGACGGUUGACGCCGAGUCCUCAGCGCCAGUGUCUUCCCGAGUCUCUGCCAAGUGGAGGAGGUGGAUUGUUCGAUCUGAUGAAAAGUGUCGUAAGCAAUCCAGAGAAGAAGAAGAAAUUUCCCAGAGAAAAUAGCACCAUUUUGAAUGUGAUUUGAUAACCGGAGCUCCUUAACCAGCUGACCAUGAGAAGAGGCAUAAUCAGAAUCCUCUACGUCUUGGGGGCGCUUAUCGGUUUAAUCUUGCCAGUAUCGUGGAUGAUUGCAGAACACCUAGAGACUCCCGCCCUUCGGGAGAGACCUCCCAGACGCGGCGGCAAUAGUGACAACAAGACCCAGAGAAAUACAACGUUCCUGCGUCGCGUAACUGUUGGAGUAGACAUCAAUCGGUUCGACUUCCAGGCGGCCUUCGUACGAGAGGACAAUGAGGUCGAGAAUAAGUUCCCGGAGGAGAACCCCGAGGCCUUCCAUCACAAACAGCAGCUUCGGUACCUGAUAGAGGAGCCAAACUUGUGCAAAGAAAGGCCUGAUCUGCACAUCAUUUCUUACGUUCAUUCAGCUGUGCACAAAAAGGAAAAUCGUCAGCUGAUACGUGACACUUGGGGCAACAUAAAAUACUACCCUCAAGUCCGCAUGAAGGUCAUCUUCGUCUUCGGCGCUGCGGCAUCAAAGGAAGAACAGAAGAUUAUCAACGAGGAGAGCGAGAAAUAUCACGACAUUAUUCAGACGGAUUUUGUGGAUAGCUACAAGAAUCUUUCUUAUAAGGGCGUGUCUGCUCUGCAGUGGGUGACCCAGCAUUGCAUGCACCCCCAGUGGAUCCUGAAGAGCGAUGACGAUAUGAUCAUCAACGUCUUCGCGUUGGUGGACUACCUGAAGGCUUACACGGAGGAGGAAGCCAAGAAGAACUCCGUCCCGGACAAGAUCAUGUGCGCCGUCUGGUGGGGGAUGCCCGUCCUGAGGGGCAAGGGCUGCGCCAAGUGGUGCGUCUCCAUGGACGAGUGGAGGGAGGGGACCUACCCGCCGUAUUGUUCUGGCAGCGCCUUCGUCAUACCGACCCACCGAGCUCCGGACCUCUACCACGCCUACUACCACGCCCCGUUCCUGUGGGUGGAUGACGCUUACAUCUCAGGGGUGCUGGCGAAACAAGCCGGUGUGCAGCACAAACCCCUCCACUCUCUGUACGAGCUCAAUCACUUCCUCAUCGAGAAGAACCUGGUCCAUGGUAACCGCAUCUUCUGCCACCACCCAGGAGCGGCUUCGAUGAGGGAGAAGUGGUGGCCGAAAAUAGUAUUGAAAGAGGUUCACGGUCGAUGAGCGGCCAUCUUGGAUCUCGUACUAGGCUGUCGUGUGGACUGUGGUGUCUAGAACCAGCUAUUUUCGUCAGUUGUUUUGAGCCUCCAAGAUACUUCAGUGUGCCUCAGUGUGGACCCCCCCACCUUUCUCUCUCUCUCUCUCUCACACACACACACACACACACACACAAGCUUUGUUAAAUUACAUACCCGCAAAAUAAUUAUUUUGCACAUAGCGACUGGCUUAAGGAAUGCUCUAUUUAUCUUCUAAAUUAAUAAAAGGUAUGAUGCCUAGACUUUACCUUACCCUGAGUUAAAAGUGUAUCAUGUCACUCAAAAAAAAAUGAAUAAAUAAAUUUAACAAAUAGAGAAGUUAGAUAUGUUAACAAGGCGAAAAGUGAAAGCAGCCAAUGUGACGAUGAACAGACAUUUUGGGAUGGAAAAAAGUAGAUAAAGAAAUGAGUGAACAAAAUUAAUCAGUAAAUAAACAAAUACAUCAGUUAAGUAUAUUUGUACAGGACUUGAAUUAUGUAACCAUAUGCAGGUAUUAAUUGUCAUUUCAAAUCACCACCACAGUAACGGUUAGCAUUGACAAAUGUGUCCUCGGAAAAUGCAAAAACUGAAAAAAAAAACUCCUACAAUUAUUUAUUAUUCUUACUUAAAAUUAUACGGCGAUUAAGGUUGUACUCUCGGUAGAUGUAGCAUAUAGAGGAAGGAAUAAUGAAAAAAAUACGAAGGAGUUGGUUUUGGCUCAUCGUGAAUAAUAAUUAAAAAAAUUGCUUGCAUAGAAUGCCUUGAAUAAAGUUUGUCUGAAGUUUUGUUUAAUUUGUAGACAAUGGUUGGGGGGCUGGUUCCUCUAUGACAGAAUUUAACAGUCGAUGGCCCCUUUGGUGGGCUUGUUCCAUAUGAAUAGAGUUCAUCUUCUGAAUAAUAAUAAGUUCAUGAUGUUUUUUAUCUCAGAGCCGAGAAAGUGUAUCUUUAACCACAGCACAUCAAAUUCACUGGUGAGAGCGGUCGCUAAUGACAAAGGAGGACUAUUUUGCGUAUACUGAAUUUGCGCUCGUU